CUCCCCGCGGGCUUCCAUCCUGGGUCUCCUGCCACCAGGCCCGAGCGCAGCGGGAGCGGCGGUGGCCACACGUCCAUGGAGGUACACGUCCUGAGGAGGAAGAUCAGCCGCACGUGCGACGAGGGGGCCCGCGCCCUCCUUGGCAGCCUCCUGACCUACGUCACAGACCGCGCAGGCGGGCCCCCGGGGGCAGCGGACCCAGGGCCCGCGGGGGCCUGCUUGCCUCCGUCUCAGGAGGCCGGCCAGAGGCCCACCCGCUUCCAGCUCCUGCAGGCCAAGUUCAUGGGCACGGGCCGGGAGCGCCACCUCAAGAGGACCAGGGAGGUGGGCAGGCUCAUCUCCAGGGACAAGCAGGGYCCCAGCAGGAGCCUGGUGAGUGCCACCAUCAACAAACUGCUGGAGAAGACCCAGGCGGGGGCCAGCUGCCCGGGCCAGAGGCUCCCGGCUGGGGAGAAGCCCCGCUGGGGCCCCCCUGGUGGGAAGGGCACAGUGAAGAGCAUCCUGAGGAAGUUCCUGGCUGCGGAGGAGAAGGAGGCAGGAGCGGAGCCCCCUGGCCGGCAGCCUGGGGMCGCCCGGGGCCUCCUGCCAAGGACGGGGGGCAGGAGCACCAUCCUGCGCCAGCUGCGAGAGAGGUUUGAGCAGAGCGGCUGCCUCCGCUCGGAGGCCAGCCUGCUGCCCCUGCACAGGGGGGGGCGGAGGGGCCUGCAGAAGAAGACGCACAGGCCGGAGCUGCGGGUGCUCCACACCACCACCAUGGCCAUCAGCUGCACCAGGACACCCCCUGCCCGCCUCCUGGCCUGCACGGCCGAGCCCCUGCCAGCCCUCAGCAUAGCCACGGUGGUCUGCAGCCCCCGGAGCUGGCUGUCUCACUGCGCAAGGAUCAGUCACUUGGAGUCCAGGCGUUGGCCCAGGAGAGACCUCAGCAUGUCCUCGGACCCAGAGGACACAGACCCCAGCAGGGACAAAAUGCCAGGAAUAGGGAUCUUGAGCCAGGAGCCCAGAGGACAACCAAAGCCCUCAAAGUCCUCCAUGACCCAGGUGGCCACUCCCAGGGACAGCCCCCUGGCUCUGAACCCCACGAAGGGCAUCCCCCAGCAGGACUCUGCCUGGGCCUCCCGGAAGGCCCUGCCUGACCACGUGCCCCUGUCACCCCCAUUCAGACCAGCCAGCCCCAGGGGGGCUGGGCCAGCUGAAGGGGACAAGACAGUGGGGCUGACAGCAGAGGGGCCGGCGGGCCACCCCUGGGGGCUAAAAGAGGAGGGCACAGGGGAGGUCCCUGAUGUCACCAUGACCGUGUGCAGUUCUGAGGACGAAGCAGAAAGCUCGCUCCCAGCCUCAGACAGAGAGCCCCUCUUCGCCACCCAGAGSCACCUCCCAGAGCAGGGGCCAGCAGCUCCGAUCCCCCCGCUGGCCGCUCCCAGAGUCCAGGCUGCACGGCGAGCACAGCCUGCCCUGGACUCUCCACCCCUCACCGUGCGGCUUCCCGUUGUCCACGAAAUGCCAGCCCCUCCAGGGCCCCUGCAAAGCACGUGGCCGGGCGGGGACAGGCGGCCCCCGGCUUCAGGAGGGCACGCUGCCCGGGCCAAGGCAGGGGCAGUGCUUCCCCCUGCCACUGAGGACAGGGAGGCUGGCCUGGCCGCAGGGGGGCUGAGCCCCUCCUGCAGGACCUCCAAGCAAGGAUCCCCAGAAUCCCCGAGGGUCACUGCCCCCGUGGGUCCUGGGGACCAACAGCCGCUCCUGACGGUCCUGACAGCCAACUCUCCACAAGGUACCCCUGCUGGGAAGGGGAGCACACAGAGCCCUGUGAGCGCCAGUGAGGGCAGGAACCCCAGAACUGCUCCUGAGCUCAGCUGCCAGCGGCCUCCCCCACCUGACCACCCUGACCACGGCACCCCACCAGUUUCUUCCACGGGCGCAUGGAAAAGCCCUCCAGCACACAGCACCUGCUCCACCUCUGGCAGCCAGCAGGGACCGGGUUCCAGGGAGGGAGGCGCCGGGGCAGCCCCUGCCCAGGAUUUCAGAGGACCUGAGAGUCCCACCACGAGGGACAGGAGAGUCCUGUGUGGGCAGGAAGACAGCAAAGGUCCCGAGGCAGAGGCAGCCCCGCCCCCGGGGAUGGCCCAGGAAGAUACCCGCUAUGAUGGGGGCAGGAAGAGCCUAGCCCUGCUAGACGAGCCACCCAAGCCCAGUGGCAGAGCCUGCAGGGCCACAGCACCUGGAGGGAAGGUCCCAAGUUCUACAGGGGACAGGAAGGCACCACCAGGGGACGCCAGGGACCCCGAGGACAGGAGGGCACCUAAGUGGAGCUCCAGGGACCCCGAGGAC